AUGCUGGCGGGUGCCAGCAGGUCGACGCCAGAGCUGCGGAAGGAACGCUCACGGGAUGCAGCACGGUGCCGGCGCAGCCGGGAGACAGAGGUCUUCUACCAGCUGGCGCACACCCUGCCCUUUGCCCGCGGCGUCAGCGCCCACCUCGACAAGGCCUCCAUCAUGCGUCUCACCAUCAGCUACCUGCGCGUCCACCGCCUCCUCGCCGCUGGUGCCUGGGCAGCAGCGGCAGAGGAGGUGGAUGGGUGCUACCUGAAGGCGCUAAGCGGCUUUGUGAUGGUGCUGAGCGAGGCGGGGGACAUGAUCUUCCUCUCUGAGAACGUCAACCGGCUCCUGGGGCUCAGCCAGGGGCUGCUGCUGAGUGGGGAGGAUCCCCCGGGACUGAGCCCCCGCCUGGGGCAGGAGCAGCCCCUUGCGCUGCUGGCUGCUGGCCUGGCCCUGCCAGGGGCCCCCCCGCACCCCCUCCGGCUGCCCCCCCAGGAGGAGACCGAGGGGCGUCCAGGGGGGCCCCCCCAGGUCACACGUCUGGAGAGCAACUGA